CUGGAGGCCGGCCUCAUUCCGAGCUGGAAAUUGGCCCCCGUCUCCGAAAGGCUGCUGAUUCCCUCGGGAGUCAACCCUGGUGGUGGAAUCAUCCGGCAGACUCCUUUGGCAGAGCUCUUAGGGCGAAAGGCUAGCUAUGGGGAAGAGCUGCAAGGUGGUUGUCUGUGGCCAGGCAUCAGUGGGCAAGACUUCAAUCCUGGAGCAGCUUCUCUAUGGGAACCACGUGGUCGGUUCUGAGAUGAUUGAGACCCAGGAGGACAUCUACGUGGGCUCCAUUGAAACGGACCGAGGCGUAAGGGAGCAGGUGCGGUUCUAUGACACCCGGGGGCUCCGAGACGGGGCCGAGCUGCCCCGGCACUGCUUCUCCUGUACAGAUGGCUAUGUCCUGGUCUACAGCACGGACAGCCGCGAGUCCUUUCAGCGUGUGGAGCUGCUCAAGAAAGAGAUCGACAAAGCCAAGGACAAGAAGGAGGUCACCAUCGUGGUUCUGGGCAACAAGUGUGACCUGCAGGAGCAGCGGCGGGUGGAUCCGGACGUGGCUCAGCACUGGGCCAAGUCAGAGAAGGUGAAGCUGUGGGAGGUAUCAGUGGCCGACCGCCGCUCCCUCCUGGAACCCUUUGUCUACCUGGCCAGCAGGAUGACCCAGCCCCAGAGCAAGUCCGCCUUCCCCCUCAGCCGCAAGAACAAGGGCAGUGGCUCCCUGGAUGGCUGAAGAGCUGCCACCUUGUCACCACCCUCCCGGUCCCCCUACCCUGCUCUGGAGGUUCUGGAGGGUAGAUAGUGGAGGAGGCAAGGGCUUCUUCCCAGAGUCAGUGGGCAGCUCCCCACUGGACCAGGGUCUCAGGGGAAGUGAAAGUAAUGUAGAUUAAAGACACACACACACACACAUACACACACACUUCCCAGCCAACGCGCAUGUUCAUAUCUGGCCCACUGACCCGGGGCAGCUGUAGGUCAGUACCCCUCUUCCCUCUCUCAGACAGAAGCAAAGCAACUCUUCAGAAGUGCUCGGCCCGGGCUGUUUCCUAUUAAGGGUCCCCAGCUCCCUGACUUCCAGUCAGCAACACACAGUGUCACAGCCCCAUCCUAGACUUUAGGAAAAUGUCUGGGCUUUAUGAGUGUGCACGUGUGCCCGUGUACAUGGGCGUUAGGGAGCGCCACUUCAUCGGCCACCCUGACCCUUGUCCUGGCCUCCAGGGAAAUGUUUUAACCCCUCCCCGAUGUGGUUUCUCGUUCUCUUCCUGCUCAGGAAGCAGAAGGGCCCCUUGGGCUGAGGUGGGCCCCAAUGAUGACUGUGCUGGCGUCUCCGACUGGCUUGGGGACCUAGCAAGGCCCCUCCCCGUUCUGGGCGUCAUCUUCUCAUCUGUCAGGUGAUGGGAAUGGACUCGACCUCUCAGAUCUUUCCCAGCUCUUUGAUUUUGAUACUGCCCUUGGCUUGGGGCCAUCUGUGACUGACUACCCCUUGAUUCUCCUCUAAGGUGCUAUGCCUGCCAGCCAGCGAGGCUGGGACACGCCUCUCCCUCCAGCCACCAGGGGGCAGGAGUGCACUGUCUGCUCUCGGUUCCCACUGCCCCACAAGCCUGCCCGCAGGGGCUGACCCUUAACCCCUUCUUCCUGUGGUGGUUUUAAGCUACUGACUGGACAUCUAGUUAUCACUUUCUUGUAUUUAUAUGCCUGCUGCCAGGGUGAAGGGUGAGCAAGGUGCUCCUCUGGCCCUCCCUUCUUACCUCAGACGCCUGAACAGAACCAGGCCAACCACCUGCAGCUCCUCUGGGAGCUGACUGGCCGCCUGCCAGGGCUCUCAGGGCGUGUGAGCUUAUAGCCUCCAGCUUCCUGUGCCUCAGUCCUAACUGCCAGUGUGCACCCCCAGCAGAGGUGUGACAUGAGAGCUGGGCAGGGACCAGUGACUUUGGGCCUGACAAGUAGAGGCGGGACACAUGGAGGCUCCGGCUUACGGUUCAUUUAUUGCUGGAUUGGACACAAUAAAACCACAACUGCUUGUUAUCAAAAA